GCUAAUGAUUUUAUUUUUCUCGUAAUAUAAUUUGUGGAUAUCAUAGAAAGUGUUUUAACAAAAAUAAAAUUUGUUAAUUUUUUGAAAUGUUUGCAAAAAUACAAAUAGCGCCAUCACCACGACGAAACAAGAAGUUUACUCUGUCGAUAGAAACGAUUUCUAUCUACAUUACAUAACCAAUAAGUGACGUUCUGUUACGUGUAGUUUUAGAGGUUAGGUUGAGUGAAAACAAACAGUCUGUAACAUUCUGUCUGAAAUUAAUUCGAUUUAAAGAUCAAGUUUGUAUCAGGACAGUUAUUUUGCAAUGGAAGAAACAAGUAAUAAAAAAUGGACAGACGAAGAACGACUGGCGCUUGCUUCAAAAUUAGAUGCCGAAUUAGACGAGUAUAUUAGUAAUUUAGAAAAGAAGAGUUACACUGAAGGAUGGCCAGAGGAUCGGUGGGAAGAAGAAAUGGAGAAACACCCUUUCUUUUCGAAAAAAGCUCCAGAGCCAGGAGAGAAACUGUCUCCAUUAAUGGAAGGCUUGCAACAACUUAAGUAUGGAGAAGAUGAGAAUACACCUGAAGAACUUGCAAAUAAUUAUAAGGAGGAUGGAAACUUUAAUUAUAAAUAUAAAAAAUAUAGAUUAGCUAUUCUAAGUUAUACAGAGGGCAUAAGAACUAAAUGCAAAGAUGCCAAUUUAAUGGCUCAGCUAUAUAACAAUAGAGCAGCUUCACAUUUUAUGUUAAAAAAUUAUCGGUCAAGUCUUAAUGACUGCAAGCAUGCUCUAAAAUUGAAACCAGACUAUGAGAAAGCUAUGAAUAGAGCUGCCACUUGUUGUUUUCAUAUAAAGGAUUAUGAUCAAUGUAUCGAUCUCUGUGAUCAAAUGCUUGAUCAACUUCCAACUAACAAAGAGAUAUUGAGUUUAAAAUCACAAGCACAAGCUGCAAGAGAACGAUUGAAAAGAGAUAAAAGGAAGCAAGAGAGGAUGGAAAAGAAAUUAGACAAAGAAGAAGAGGAACUGAUAAAUAUCAUAAAAAGUAAAGGUAUCAACUUGGAAUUAAUUGGUGGGAGAAAAAAUCCUGACUUAAAGGAUCUGGAGCCUCAAGUACCACAGAUAGCACAGAGUAGAGUUCAUCUGGAUGAACAAAAUAAGCUCAUCUGGCCUGUAAUGAUUCUGUAUCCUGAAACACAUCAGACAGAUUUUAUACAAAAUUUUCACGAGGAUACGUUGUUGAUAGAACAGUUAGAGGAGCUGUUUAGUGAACCACCUGAAUGGGACACGGAACGACGCUACACUCCUCAAAAUAUAAAUAUUUAUUUCGAGGGUAAAGACAAAUGUUCCAUACAUAAGGUGAACGUCCGGCAUUCUCUCGGAAAAAUAUUACAGGACGAACGAUUCAUUGUGCGUGGAGGAACCCCGGCAUUCUUGAUAUUCGUCAAAUCUAGCGAAGCCGAGAAAAGAUUCUUAUCCAACUACUAACUUAUUGUACAUAUUAUUUUGUAAAUGAAUGUUUUGAGAAAAAUAAUAAUGCGUUGUGUAUCAAUACCUUCCU